CACCGCUCGAUGCACUAACAAGAACAACCCUGCAGAGCAAUACCGACUUCUUCGACUAUAUUGCACACAAACCCGCAGAGCUCCUGACUCUCAUUUCUCCUGCAAGACAUUUUCACACACACACUCACCGCACACACACACACAAAAGACCAGCAAUGGUCUCAACAUUUCAGAUGCAGGCCUUCUACCGGCCGAAUCACUUAUCCGUCGACACCAACCAUGCACAGAAGUACUUUGAGGAAGAGGACCAGAUCCUCGACGACAACAUACUUGACAGCAGUGGAAUGGACUCGGGGUUAGAACUGUCGCCGCCCAUGGCCGGGAGCCGAAGAGAUUCGUUCGCCGUGCCGGGCUCGAUAUUCUCGCCCAAGACGGAAGUGGGGGAUUGGCAAUCCGUCGACAUGCAGUCGGUGCCUUCUAACAACCCCUUCCUAGAGCCACAGAACAACAACCCGUUCACGAGAGCUGACCCGCAGGCCGCAUACGGCUCGCAAAACCAGCAAUGGAUGGGACAGACUUCUGGCACCUGCACACCGCUACAGUAUGACGGCCUCGAGACUGCGUUCGACAACAACCAGUCUAUCUUCCAGCAAAGACCCCUUCAGAUGCAGACCCCCUUCAGCAACCCCGGACACCAAGUACCUCUCUUCUCCACCGUCGGUCCUAACAACCCCUCCAUCCAAGCCUCGUCAGACAAGGACUGGAUGGGUCAGGACUUAAAAAACCAGUCUCUAGUCAAGCGCAUGCGGCCAGAUACGCCCACGAUCAGGUCGCAUAACGAGCUUCGCCGCGGUGAUGGCAUCCGCAAGAAGAACGCGCGAUUCGACAUCCCCGCCGAGCGCAACCUCGGCAACAUAGAUCAGCUCAUCGCCUCGACGACGGACGAGCAGGAGAUCAAGGAGCUGAAGCAGCAGAAGCGGUUACUGCGCAACCGGCAAGCCGCGCUCGACUCCCGGCAGAGGAAAAAGAUGCACACGGAGCGGCUGGAGGACGAGAAGAAGCACUUCACCAGCGUCAUCAGCUCGAUGGAGGAGGAGAUGAACGAGCUCCACAUGAAGCUGGAGCAAGAAAGACGCGAGAGGGAGUACCUGGUGGCGCACGUCGAGAACUUGACCUUGGAGAAGGAAGAGUUGAUCCGGAAUCACACGAUCGAGACCGGCGACCUGCGCAAGAAGAUCAGCGUCCUCACCGACCACGUCCAGCGGCUCGAGCACGCCGCCAUGCCCAGCAACACCGGCUACAACAACGGCUUCAACGACAUGGACAGCCUGACCAUGGACACGUCCUGGGACGGCAUGGGAUUCAUGAACGAGUUCCCCAUGGAGACCGAGGUCAAGCAAGAGCUCCAGAUCGUGCCGCAGAAGAAGCAAGAGGUCUCGCUGCCGGCCGACGUCGACAAGUCCAGCACCCAGGGCGGCCUGCUCUUCAUGCUCUUCCUCGUCGGCGCCUUCGUCCUGUCCAACAGGUCGACGCCGACCAUCCCGCGCGUCUCGGAGGACGUGCGCGAGGCGUCGGCGACGCUGCUCAACAACAUCUUCAAGGACGCCGGCGUGCCCAACGGCGCGGAGAACGCGAUCGUGCCGGCGGGCCCGCAGCCCUCGGGCGCCGCGGACUGGACGUCGUCGGCGUCGGUGCCGAUGGCGAGCGGCAGCAUGGAGGGCGUGGCGCCGUCGAUGCUGGGCGAGCUGGCGGACUCGCUGACGCAGCCGACGCAGGAGCAGACGAACGAGCAGAUCUUCUCGCUGACUCCCGCGCAGUACAACGGCGUGACGUCGCAGGACUUCCUGCGGUCGCCGCCGCCGCCGCGGUCGACGACGAGCCAAGGGCGCCGCAACCUCGCCGAGGCCCUCAGCAACAUGCGCAGCAGCGCCGAGAGCCAGAAGCAGCAGGGCGCCGCCGAGGUCUACACCCGCUCGCUGCUGUGGGACCAGAUCCCCGGCGACGUCGUCCGCAACUUCGCCAAGAUGGUGGCCGAGUGCAACGGCGCGGGCGCCGCGCAGGCCGCCGGCGGUGGUGGUGGUGCUGGUGGCGGGGACGCCAACUCAUGAUACGAAUUUUUUUACGAGAUUUACGAAACCUACUACUGAAAAACAAAAAGAAAGAGAGAUGAGAGAUCUGAGAGAGCAAUGAAAAUAUCUGGCGGUUGACGAUGAAAACACACUGUUUCCGCAACCGACGCACGUUUAUGAAUCACACGACCACAAGCACACAACACGCACACACUUCGUUCCUAU